GAUGCUUUGACUGCAUGAGAAAAUGGAUGUGUGGCAUGAAAGAGUAAGAAAUGUCAAAUUGCAUGAGUAACACGCUGAAUGCCUGAGACUUGUCAGCCCUGCUAAGGAGUUUUUGGUCACCAAAUGUUUUUUCUGAGGUAACGUUACUGUGCCGUUACGUGACGUUGUUUACGAGCUGUGAUAUUGGCGUCUCUCCGCGGUUGAAACACUGAAUAAACGAUUACAUGAGACAGGAUAUGGAUUUUGAUGAGAGGAAACAGUGAUGUGUUCCAUCAUUAUUGCCGUGUACUUCCUCCUCCUCCCCCCUUACACCCUGGCCCUUUGGGCCUGCACUCGCUCUUGCCCUCCCAGCUGCACAUGUACUCAGGAGAAAAGCUGCAGCGUCCUGUGUGACCACGUCAACAUGAUGGACUUGCCCAAAGAGUUCCCCUGCGAGGCGUCCUCCAUCAACCUGGACAAGAACAGCAUCAAGUUUCUGUCCGAGCGGGCCUUUGGCACCCUGCCUUCGCUCAAGACACUCUCGCUCAACCACAACAACAUCUCCUUCAUCACGCCGGGGGCGUUUAAAGGGCUGCCCAACUUGCUGGAGCUCAAGUUGGCCCACAAUGAGUACAUCCGCUACUUGCACACUCGCACCUUCACGGCGCUCAAACGCUUGGUGCGUCUGGACCUCUCCGACUGCAACCUGUUCAGCAUGCCAGACCGCAUCUUCCUGGAGCAAAUCACCCUGAAGGAACUGCUGUGUUUCCAAAACAACUUUAGACGUGUUCCCGGUGCCAUAAGGGGGAUGGAAAACCUCACGCAUGUCUACUUGGAGCGCAACAAGAUCGAAGCGGUGGCCUACAACUCUCUGUUGGGGCUGAGCAACCUCAAGUACCUCAACUUACAGGAGAAUCGCAUAAAUGUAAUACAUGAUGAGGCCUUUAAAGAUCUAGUGCGUCUGGAGAACUUCUACCUGAAUGAUAAUCUGUUGGUCGACUUGCCCCAGAAGGCAUUCAAAGGCCUAAGCAACUUAAAAAUGUUGAAUCUCGGUGGGAACAUGUUGACCAAUGUGUCCAAAACAUGGUUUAGUGAUCUUGUGGAGCUGGAGGUGCUGUAUCUAGAUCGAAACCGCCUGUCCUAUAUCGACGACGGCGCCUUUGAGAACUUGACAAGCCUCAUUACGUUGCACCUCAACAGCAACAAUCUGACAUCUCUUCCCUUUUCGGUCUUCCAGCCCAUCUAUUUCAUCGGCCGUCUGUAUCUCUUUCGAAACCCUUGGGAGUGUACCUGUGACCUGGAGUGGUUGAGGGAGUGGAUGGAGAGUUAUAAAUUAGUGAGGGACAUUCCAUGCGCAUCUCCAUCUUCAGUGGCUGGACUUGACCUCAGUGAAGUUGUCUACGCCCACCUGAACGGCACCUGUCUGGAUCCUCCAGAGCUCAACCUGACCACAUCUAUUCCUGAGUACUCCACUGUGGAGAACAAGUUCAACAGCCUGAUCUCCAAACUCCUACAGCAGGAACUAAGGGAUGAGAUGGUCAAUGUCACGGACGGUCUGAGGAAUGGCACCCAGCAGGACCCGGCAGAGAGUCAGGUUUCGUCUGGACGUGGACUGUUCGGUGCUGCUCAGACUGUGUUUCUUCUUGUGCUGCUUUUUCAAGUCCAGAUUGACUGCAUUAAUGCCUCUUGAGAGUCUGGUGGAUACUAAACGGGACUGAAGCACAUCCAAGAGUGGAAGUAAUUUUCCAGUAUGGGAAAUGUUUGGAAGGCCGUGAUGAAACGUUUGAUCUAUCCUGCCAUGAGCGGUGGGUUUUCUCAUGUUGAAAAUAAAAUUCUGGCAGAUAUAAUGGAGCUGGAGAUGAUUGUCUCUUUGAAAGAAUGGAAACUGAAGUCUUGAAGAGAAAGAAGCAUGUUUUAAGCAAAUAAGGACUUUUGUUUGUUUUGCCAAUGCGAAGGAUUGAUUAAAGUAUAACCGAGGGGCACUCUGUGAGAACUAGUUGCGCAAAUGUUUUUUUACCGUUAUUUUUAUCUAGAUUUGAUUUGAAACAUCUUAAUGCAUCUAUAGUACGAAUAUGUUUGUACAUGUUCUGUUGCGUAACUUUGUAACAUUUGUUGUGUAGGAGAUUUAUCUGAUAACGCUUCUCGCUAUCAUUUCACCAGAUGGCAUAACACGGUGUCCUCUUUUGUUUGGUUCAUUGAACUGGGUAAGUUUCCAGAUCUGGAAAAUGCAUUAGUCCUUCUACUCCGUAAAGCUUAAGUGCACUCGGUAACAUAAGCUGCUUCAUACUGUAACCAAAUGGAUUGGCUUUAUCAUGGUGUUUCACUGUUAUGAUCAAAUAUCUUCACUAUACAGAACACAACGUGCACGGAAGGAUGAUGUCAUACUACUACAUAUACAUGAGAUUUGUGAAAGAGACCUAGUGAUUGUGCUUUAACACUGAUUUUUGUUUACAUGUG